AUGCCGCAUUCCCCUCAUUCGUCUCCGCCGAAGACAAGAGUCUGCGUCAUGGGCGCGGGUAACUUUGGUAGCUGUCUUGCAGACCAUCUAGGCGAUUCCGACCAUGAAGUCUUACUUUGGUCGCGCUCGGAGGACCAAGUCAAAUACUUUAAUCAGCACCAUCGCAAUUCACUCUACCUUAAGGAUCACGUUUUCCCCGAUACAAUCACUGCAAUCGGUCCCGAGCUCCCAUCCGCAGAGACAUUGGCCAGUCUCGAUGUACUCCUCUUUGCAAUUCCUACUGAAGGCUUACGAAAAACCUUGACGGACUUACAACCCCGCCUCAACCCUAAAAGCAUGCCGCUUCUAAUCUUCGUCAACAAGGGUAUCGAAACAAGCACACGAGCACUUACUCUUGAAAUCAUCGCCGAUGCGUGCGGACCCGAAGUCGCAAAAGUCGCAACCUUCCUAUCUGGCCCUUCGUUCGCUAAGGAAAUCAUUCGGAGGCAGCCGACUUCUGUCUCAAUUGCCUCUUUGUCACGUCUGCACGCGGAGCGUGCAUCGCAGGUCUUCCAUCAACCCUGGUUCAGAUGCUACAUUGGUACUGAUCCCAUUGGAGUUGAGCUUGCUGGUGCCCUCAAGAACGUGUAUGCUAUUGCGGCAGGUAUCGCCGAUGGGCUUGGUUUCGAGAACAAUACUCGAGCUAUGCUCAUAACUCGUGGAUUAGCAGAAAUGACGCGAAUCGGAGUCGCAUAUGGAGCGAAUCCUCUUACUUUUCUCACGCUUGCAGGUGUAGGAGACCUCUUCCUGACUUGUUCAUCACCUACUUCGCGAAACUAUACUGUCGGAUAUCGGCUAGGCAAGGGCGAAAAGCUCGAUGAAAUCAUUCGUACGCUUGGCUCCGUCGCGGAAGGUGUGACAACUACAAAAGGACUCAAGAAGGUUAUUGACGAGCUUGGAGCAAACGCACCAAUUGCGAACGGAAUCUAUGAGGUUCUGUAUGAGAACAAAGACGUGAAGGAUCGAGCGCAAUGGUUGAUGUCACAUCCUGCGAUGAUGGAGUUGGAUCUACCUCCACGUUCGAAGGGCAGCGGGCCAGUACGUGCGCUUCUGCACAAGCUGGGAUUGGACGAGGAUGCGGAGAUAAAGACUUGCUGAAAGCAUCCGUGCUUCCCUUUAAAACUCUGCAUGUUUUGCAAUUCAAAAAAGCAACCC